AUGGGUCAUUGUACAAGUUAAAUUUAACAUAACAAAUCUCCUCAAAAAUAAAAUCCGAAAACACUUUCAAUGGGAACAAUGAAAUUCAAUAGUGAGCUAUUUAAUAUUAGAUUGACUCAUCCAUCUAAGUCAUGCUAUCUUAAAAUUGAUAUCGGUGGAUAUUUCAAAUGCGAUACUCCGAAGCAUUUCGACUUAGAGGGCAAACAUGGUUGGAAGAGAAAAAUAACAUUGCAAUUAGAAGCGAGUGAAUUAUAAUUGAAGGAAAAAUAUUUGGUUUUCUUUCUGUAUGAGGAUGAUAAAGAACUGUCUCAAUUGAGGAUUGCCUUGUAUGACAUUAUUCAGGGGCCUCAAUUUUUUGAUUACCAAAUAGGUAAGGGCAGAUUGUCGUUUAAUAUGAUAAUGGCUUAGAUCCUUUAAUUAGAGAUAAACCCUUAAGAUAUGAUAUGCACAAUGAACACAUGCAUAUAAGAGAAAUAAUAUGUAUUCAAUUUGAGGUUGGUGACUCGAAAGAUGCAAUUCCUCUCAGAAAAUUCAGAGAAGUUUAAUAACCCUGCUUUCAUAAGAGGCAGAAGUGCAUCAUACAAUAGCAUUCAGGAUGAGUUAUUCAGAAUACAAUGGCUGAGCACAGAAAUGCCUCGAUUGAUAGUGGAAUUGCCAAUGAAUGAGAUCUCAAGUUCUUCAUUGUAGGUUUGCAUUUGGAGUAUAAAUAAAUCCUUAGAGGAUCAUUCCCCAACUCGAAAGUCUGUCAAAUCUCUAAAUUUUCAUGUGGAAUCAAUAGAACAAGUGUUGUUUGCUGAAUCGAACAUCGCUCUAAAUUAUUUGCUAUAGAAUCAGGAGGAAUAGAUGGAUGAUCAUAGUAUUCACAGAUGCAAUAUAACCAAAGGAUUGUGGUUAAGAGGGAAUAAGAUCGGACAGAUGCAAUCAGACUUUAGGAUUAAGAUUCCGGUGUAUUUGAAAUAAUAGAUGAUUGGGUUGAGAACGGAGAAGGGAUGCACUAUAGGGACAGGUAUAUUAGCAAAUUAAAGCAUAAAGGAAAUUAGUGAAGUAGUAAAUCACUUUGAGAAAUUGAGUUAGGUAAUGUUUAAAUUAUCAUCCAACAAUCAAGAUUCAUAAAAGUAGCAAUUGAUGACUGAAUUGCAGAACUCGGCUUAGUAAUUGUUGGUAGUGGUGAGUAAAAGUGAUAAAGAUUCACAAUUGCGAUAAUUUUAUUACAAGAGUUAUGAUGAUUUGAUGAAGGGCUAGGAGAUAUUCAUAAAAAUUGCAGAGAAUCUCUUGAAUUUUGUGGACAAAAUAGAAGGUAAUAUUAGAGAGAUCUAUUAUGACAUUUUAUUAAUUGUAUGCACUAGAGGUGAAUUAAGUUUAGGGUCAAUGGGAUAUUUUGAUGAUUGCAAAUAAUUAAAUAAAAAGCAAUUGAAGUUUAAGAGUCAAAUCUGUUGUCAUUUUUAAUAAUUUCUAUAUAACACAUUAAACAUUGCUUUAUAAAAGAUCUGUUUGAAAGCUAUGUCUCCUAAAGAGAAGGCAUUCGUUGAAAAAUUCUUGGUGAGUUCAUUUUUCAAAGUUCCUGAAUUUAGGGAAGCCUUUGUUAAUGCGCUGCAAAAUCCAAAUGAUCCUGAAUUAUCGGAAUGGCGUGGGACUGAUUAUUAAUUAGAUGACCCUGAGAAUUUCAGAACUGAACAAAUCACGGUGUUAUUUGAUUGGCAGAGUUACUUUUACAAUUAUUUGCCUUCUAAUUUAAAUAUCAAUGCUGUUACAUUGACUUCAGAUGAAGAAUGGCGUAGGAUCAUUGCUAAAAGAAACACAACAUUCUUCUUCCUUGUUUAAGCUUUAUGUUUACAUAUCUAAUAAAAGUUCUAAAAGGACAUCAUUCCGUGGAAGGAUAUUCCUGGAUAUCGAAAGAUUUUGAAGACUCUAUUGUGUGAAUUAAAAAUAAGGGAAUCAUAUCCUGAUGCUAUGAUCAAUGCAAUCACUCAGGUUGUUACUAAUGGAGGUCCGUUGAAUGUUAUUAUUAUGAUAUUGUACAAUAAAACUAACAUUUUUUCGAGUGAUAGAGUUGUCCAUGUGAUGGAUUUGAUAAGUUAAUGUAUAUAGCAAUGUUAAGCCAUUCCAACUAACUUUGAUUACCCAUUUUUUUUGAAUGGAUUGAGAGUGGCAGUUACUCAAAGUGAAAACGCUUAUGUGAUCGCCAAGAGUUUGCACUUAAUCUAUAAUAACUAUUUAGUAUUCCCAUUAGAAUUUAAAAAAGCCAUCGUGGACUUUCUAUUUGAAGGUCAGUGUUAUGAAUUGUUUUUGCAUUGGUCUAAGACCGUUAGGAGUGUUUAUAUCAGUCUACUGAUCUAUCGAAUUUAUCAUCUCCAUAGAAAUAACAAGAUUCAAAUUACAGAUGAAAAUUAAUUUGACAAAUAGUACUUCCAAAUUACUAAACCAAAAAGAUUGCAGAGUUAUUACGAGAAUAGAAAGGAGGAGACUCAAUUGAUGAGUGACUAUAUUUAUUUGAAGUAUUCUAGAUUUAUGAUGAAUAUUGAAUCAGCCAAAGCCAAAUUCUUCAGUAAAUCUUUAAAUAAAGAAUUGCCGUUGGUGUAAAGGAUGAAGAUGAAAUUAGAAUAAAAACUGAAAGUCGAAGGUUCAUCUUUUAGAGAUUUGGUCAUUUGUGAAGAAUAGAGCAAAAAUCCAAUCACUGAAAUGGAUAAAAGAAUAAUCUACGAGAGAAAGAUAGAGUUCAGGAAUCCAAACAAAAAGAAAACCAUUAUCCUCAAUGAUAGUCAUAUCAGAUAUCUUUCUACUGCUUUGACUGAAUACAACGAAAUGCAAAAACAAUACACUAAAUGGAGAUAAUAGAACAUUGCCUCUGUUUAGGCUUCCAUUCAAGGAAUGACUGAUGAAGAAAAAGCUGCAAAACUCACCUAGUUCCCAGUUCCACAAAUAAAGCUCAUGCAAACCUAUGACAUGAAGGAAGGCAAACAGGAUUGA